AUGAAGGCCGUCAAGACCAAAGCCACAAUCGGUGUGCUGUCCACCAUCAUCUCUUACAUGUCCCUGAACAGUAUCUAUCGAGCAAGACACCCCGAAGCAUUCAUCUGGCAAGAUGAAGACCGAGAAGAGGCGACCUGGAUGGCAACCUCCAAGUAUUGGUUGGACCGCAAGGCAUGCCGUUGGCUCGGAGUGUGUGGGGGUUUGCACAUCCACCUGACCAACGAAAUGGACGAUUUCGGUCAUAUGCCCAUGAUUAAGCAGAAGCAACAAAAAUCAGUCGGUUCGGAGCCAGACUGGGACUGGCAAACCGCAUGGACUGAAGGCAAACAUCGACCAGAGGACUGGACCGAUGACGAGCGAGUUCUCCGAGAGAUUCCAGCCUAUGUGCUCGAGUAUGCCCCACUGGUUCAUCUCUAUUCUGGAGAACAGUUUUGGCCGUGUGACAUUGCGGAGCACCUAUAUCACAUCACACCCGCCCUCAACUACACCCCCGUCGCAGCCGAGGACAGCCAUCCUACCUUGGAGAGCUUGGACAAGCUCAACCGGUGGCAGAAAGGUCGGUGGGUUUUCUUGACCAGUGACGACAAUGUUGAAGAACGACCCGAGUGGCUCGCCGGGGAGAAGAACAUCCCCAACAACCCAGUCAAUCCGGAUGACCCUUUUCUGGAUAAUGAUGGCUGGGUGCAUCACCCGGGUCGGACAUACCUGCAAGGGGUCAAGGAUGCAUUGGCGGAUUUGAAGGACUGGUUUGCCCCGGAGCUGAACGAUGAGCAAGUAACCAAGGACUUCCGGACCACCCGCUUUGGCAAGACCAACAAUGCUGAAGCCGUCUCCAAGAUGCACUCGGAGCUGAAGCGCUCCGAGGGCGUUGGCAGGAUCCGUGGCGGGCGGAGUGACGCACCGGCCGUCUUGAUCACGGUCAACAAAGGUCAUGGCAUCGUGGAUGCGUUUUGGUUCUUCUUCUACAGCUUCAACUUGGGCAAUGUGGUCCUCAACGUUCGGUUUGGAAACCACGUCGGUGAUUGGGAACACACGGCGAUCCGCUUCCAACACGGCGAGCCCAAAGCCGUCUUCUUCAGUGAGCACAACUUUGGCUCCGCCUACAGCUACGAGGCGGUUGAAAAGCUGGGGAAGCGACCGGUGAUCUACUCGGCGUAUGGAACCCACGCCAUGUACGCCACACCAGCCACGCACCCUUAUAUUCUACCAUGGGGGAUACUCCAUGAUCUCACGGACCGCGGCCCGCUUUGGGACCCGGCCCUGAACUCGCAUGCUUACACAUACGACCACGUGAACGACAAGCUGCGAUCAUCCAACGUCACCCCCGAAGCACCCACUGAGUGGUUUGACUUUGCCGGACACUGGGGUGACAAGUUUUACCCAUUGAAUGAUAGACGACAAUAUCGGUUUGCGGGACAAUACCACUAUGUGAAUGGACCUCUUGGACCCAAGUUCAAGGAAUUAGACCGGAAGAAGAUAUGCCCUGGGCCGGACUCGGCGCCGUGCGUGAUCAAGAACUGGCUAUCUGGAUCUGAGAAGAUUGGACGGAUUCACGUGUCGAAUGAAGAAGGGGAAGAUGUUUUGUGA